UCGCUUAUCCUCGUUGCAUCUUUUCUAUUCUUGGCCGCAGCGAAGGAAGCACAUUUCCAGUUUGCAAGCAAAUCGGCGCUUCCAUAAUUUCAAGGCAGAGGGUUCGUUUCACAUUCACCGAUAUUACCGCUUGAUUAUUUCAGAGGUCUUUGGGCAAUCGCAGAGAGAGGAAUUGUUUCAAAUCAGUCAAAGUGGAGGGCGCUCAGGUUGAAGAUUCUUAUAUGUCUGUAGCCGGUAGUUCAUGCCUGGGGCUGGUUGCACUGCUUGGAGGUUAUCAUCCUACCUCAAAAGAAAGGAAUAAACAGCUUGGUUCUCCAGGUGGAGCAGAUUGGCUGUAUGCAUUCGAGACCAAGUCAAAUUUUGAGGUUUUUUGGGGAUUGCAUUUGGAUCCUUCCAUUUUUCAGUGCACAGGCCAUUGUGCUAAAACAUAAAGGACAGCCUCCUUCUCGGCAGUCCUUUCCUGGCUUUUCAAUAUCAAUCUUUCUGACGGCUACCUUGUAAUAGAAAGGUGUACAAGAAAUUACAUUGCUUCUUCAGAAUCUUGUUUUAACCCUCCAGCAAUCACUGGUCAGAAAAGAUGGCUCUCCUAAACAUUGGUGCAAGUAACCGCGAUGAUGCUUUCUACAGGUAUAAGAUGCCUAAAAUGAUUACAAAGAUUGAGGGCCGAGGUAAUGGCAUUAAGACUAAUGUCGUGAACAUGGUAGAUGUGGCCAAAGCUCUUGGCAGGCCCCCGUCAUAUACAACUAAGUAUUUUGGUUGUGAACUGGGUGCUCAGUCAAAGUUUGAUGAAAAAACAGGGACUUCUCUUGUUAAUGGGUCUCAUGAUACUGCAAAGCUAGCUGCACUUCUGGAGAUUUUUAUUAAAAAGUAUGUGCAGUGCUAUGGAUGUGGCAAUCCAGAGACAGAGAUCCUUAUUUCAAAAACUCAGAUGAUUACUUUGAAGUGUGCAGCUUGUGGAUACGUUUCAGAAGUUGAUAUGAGGGACAAGCUGACCACAUUUAUUUUGAAGAAUCCCCCAGAGAAGAAGGGAGGCAAAGACAAGAAGUCCUUGAGAAGAGCAGAAAAGGAGCGUCUAAAAGCUGGUGAAACGGCUGACGAAGACAUGAAAAAGGCUAAAAAAGAAACAAAAAAGAAAGUCCAUGAGAGUGUAACCAAAACAUCAAAGAAGAAAGGGUCCUCUGAUGAGGACCAUUCUCCUGGAAGCCAAGAUGAUGAAGAUAAUGGGGAUGAUGAUGUGCAAUGGCAGACUGAUACUUCUAUUGAGGCUGCAAAGCAACGAAUUAAGGAGCAGCUGACUUCUGCUACAAGUGAGAUGGUUAUAUUGGAAAACACUGAUCUUGAAAACUCUAAGCCAAUAAAGAAGUCUAAUGGCAAGAAUGGAGAAGUUGAGGUUGAUAAUGUCUCUCCGAAGAAGCCUGAGCAGGAUGAUGCUGAAAUAGAUUCCAAUAUUAACGAAUUGUCUGCAUUGAGUAUUCAUGAUGAUCUUGUCCUAGCUUUUAAGAAUAAGAUGAAAAAGAAGAAUGCAAGUACACCGAGUCAACUGGCAUCUUUUAUGCAAUCAUCAAAUGGUUCUCCACAAGAAAUAAUGAAUGCCUAUUUUGAAGCUCUUUUUAAUGGUGCAGGUAAAGGGUUUUCAAAAGAGGUAACUAAAAAUAAACAGUUCUUGUCCGAAGUUGUGCAGGAUGAAAAUUCUCAGAAGCUGCUGCUUGGUGCGGUGGAAGCAUUUUGUAAUCAUGCUCGUGUUGAAGCUGUGAAGGAGGUUCCUUUAGUUCUUAAGUUCCUGUACGAUGAGGAGAUAUUGGAGGAAGAAAUUAUUUAUGAGUGGUUUGAUAAAGGUACAACAGAUGCUGAAAAGAAGGCAUUGCCAAUUUGGAAAAAUGUCAAACCAUUUGUUGAGUGGUUGAAGAAUGCAGAGGCUGAAUCGGAGGAGGAUUAGGAAUCUUCUACCUUGCUACAUCUGUAGCACUUUUUUCGAACUCUUCUGAAGUAAUUUUAUCGAACUCUCUUCUCAAAUAAUGAUUCUGCCUUGUGCAGCUUUAUCCUUAUGGUUUCUAACAUUUUCUAAGUAUCGUUUCUACCAGUACUUUUGAAGAAGACAGCCUAAACAGCCUAGUGAAUUAUUCUUACGUUCAGAGUUGCAGACAUCUGUUGAUUGUUUUUUAUAUAAGCUACCUAUGAAGCAGACAGUUUUAUGUAUAGUAUUUUUAGAAAUGUCAAGUUCUGACGUAUCUGCUACGUUUGUCCUAGACAGCUAUUGAAUUGAUGAUGUUACUUUCAGUUGA